AUGAGUGUACCAGAAGAUAACACAAAACAAACGAAAUUACUUUUAAUUGGAGAAACAGGAAAUGGGAAAAGUUCACUUGGUAAUUUCAUUUUACAGAAGUAUGUUUUUAAAGUAGGUGAUAGUCCAAAUCCAGAAACAAGAGAAGUUGUUGGAGAAAAUGGAAAAGGAGAAAGAAAUGAUUUAAUAGUUAUUGAUACACCUAGUCUUCAAGAAUCAAAAGAAUUUAAUGAAAAGUUUUUGAAUGAUAUAGUAGAUUCACAACCAGAUGAAAGAUGUGAUAAUAGAAUAUCAGAAAAUGAAAUAGAAAGAUUAAUUGAGUGGGGAAGAGGAAUAACUCCUAUUAAUAUUGAUACAAAUAAACAAGAAAAAACACCAGUCAUAGAAGAAAAAGAAGAAAUAGAAUCAAUGGGAAAUAAUGAUAAGCAAAUAAUAACACAAGUCAAAAGGAAGAGAAGAGAAAUAAGAAUUGAAUUUAAUGGAGAAAUUAAAUAA